CGCCCUAGUAACGGCCGCAUGGUAACCCCCGGGGCCGCCGGGGGCGCGGGGUAGCGGCGGCUCUUGGCUCGGCGGCGGCUUGGGCUCCCGGGCGGCACCAUGAAGAUCGAGGAGGUGAAGAGCACCACGAAGACGCAGCGCAUCGCCUCGCACAGCCACGUGAAGGGGCUGGGGCUCGACGAGAGCGGCCUGGCCAAGCAGGCGGCCUCGGGGCUCGUGGGCCAGGAGAACGCGCGGGAGGCAUGUGGCGUCAUAGUCGAGUUAAUCAAAAGCAAGAAGAUGGCGGGAAGAGCCGUGCUGUUGGCGGGACCUCCGGGAACUGGCAAGACAGCCCUGGCCCUGGCGAUAGCUCAGGAGCUGGGGAGUAAGGUGCCUUUCUGCCCCAUGGUGGGGAGCGAAGUCUACUCCACGGAGAUCAAGAAGACAGAGGUGCUGAUGGAGAACUUCCGCAGGGCCAUCGGGCUGCGGAUAAAGGAGACCAAGGAGGUGUACGAGGGGGAGGUGACCGAGCUGACGCCGUGUGAGACCGAGAACCCCAUGGGCGGCUACGGCAAGACCAUCAGCCACGUGAUCAUAGGGCUCAAGACAGCCAAGGGCACCAAGCAGCUCAAGCUGGACCCCAGCAUUUUUGAAAGUCUCCAGAAGGAGCGAGUGGAGGCCGGGGACGUCAUCUACAUCGAGGCCAACAGCGGGGCCGUGAAGAGGCAGGGCCGCUGCGACACCUACGCCACCGAGUUCGACCUGGAGGCCGAGGAGUACGUGCCCCUGCCCAAGGGCGACGUGCACAAGAAGAAGGAGAUCAUCCAGGACGUGACGCUGCACGACCUGGACGUGGCCAACGCCAGGCCCCAGGGGGGACAAGACAUCCUGUCCAUGAUGGGCCAGUUGAUGAAGCCAAAGAAGACAGAGAUCACAGACAAACUCCGGGGCGAGAUCAACAAGGUGGUGAACAAGUACAUCGACCAGGGCGUGGCCGAGCUGGUCCCCGGCGUGCUGUUCGUGGACGAAGUGCACAUGCUGGACAUCGAGUGCUUCACCUACCUGCACCGAGCUCUCGAAUCUUCCAUCGCCCCCAUCGUGAUCUUUGCCUCCAACCGAGGCAACUGUGUCAUCAGGGGCACCGAGGACGUCACCUCUCCCCACGGGAUCCCCCUGGACCUGCUGGACCGCGUGAUGAUCAUCCGCACCAUGCUCUACUCGCCGCAGGAGAUGAAGCAGAUCAUUAAGAUCCGAGCCCAGACGGAGGGGAUCAACAUCAGCGAGGAGGCGCUCAACCACCUGGGGGAGAUCGGCACCAAGACCACUCUGAGGUACUCGGUGCAGCUGCUGACCCCAGCCAACCUGCUGGCCAAGAUCAACGGGAAGGACAGCAUCGAGAAGGAGCACGUGGAGGAAAUCAGCGAGCUCUUCUACGACGCCAAGUCCUCGGCCAAGAUCCUGGCUGACCAGCAGGACAAGUACAUGAAGUGACCCGGAUGACUGCACGGGAGACUGCGGCCCCCCGAGGGCAGCGUGCACGGCCUGGGCCCGGCCCGCCCCGCUCACGUGAGGUCUGCGCUGUGGUUAGUUGUGUCUGAAGAGCAUUUAUUUUUUUUUUUAAAUUAUAACUUUUGCGAUUGCUUUGGUAGAAUCCUCCCUCCCUGAGGUGUUUUUAAAUAAAACCUUACAUGUCA